CUGUAGCGAAGCUCCGGGAUUUAAAAGUGGACUCGCAACGGCUCGUGUAGCCUAAUUAGCUAGCUAUCGCCAGUAUUUACGAAUGACCUACAUGUUUUAAAUGUCAUUGUUCUCGUUCAGAAUAGGAAUUCAUAGGAAACAAGUGUUUUAAACAACUUCGGAGGUGUGAUGUUUCUGAGUGCUGGACAACCUCGAUGACUUCUCCAGACCUUUCUGGUGCCAUGAACUGGGACCAUCAGCUGAGCUCCAUCCUGUCAGCAACAGAUGGGAGCGUUGCUAAGAUGAGAGAGAGACUGACCUCCCCUGGGAAAUUCUCCAAGGCUACAGAAGAUUUGUUUCCAGUAAAAGAAGGUGCUCCUAACAUUCCAGCCAUCGCAGCUCUGCCUCAACAUCUGCCCCCUCCAGCUCUGAGUCUCAGUGUAGAGUGGUCAGACUUGGCUUUUAUCAAGUCACAGUUCCAGAUACAAAGCCAAGAGAUCGAAUCGCUAACCCAGAAACUCCAUCACUUGGAAAUAGAGAAACAGUGUCAACAUCAUCACAUUCAGACUCUGCAAGAGGAAGUCUACAGCCUGCGCGAAACACUGAAAAACAAGGACCUCCUGAAGACAGAAGAGAGUCCAGCCAUUGAGCGACGGAUGGAGCAGAUGAGGAGAGAAGUCGGCGGUGAGCUCAGUCGUCUGCGGGAACACGUCACUAGAGCUACGUCUCUAGGCACCUUGGAGGAGAGUCUCAGUGCAAAGUUUCUUCAGGAGGAGCUGGGACACGUGCGCAAAGAGGUGGACCAACUGAAAACGAGGCUAAGGAGGCAGGAGGACGAUGCGCUCCAGCAGAAAUCAGAAGCCAGGGAGACCAGGAGGCAAUAUGACAGCAGCUGCAAGCUGCUGGUGGAGCUGACGGACUCUUACAGAACUCGUAGUGCUGAUUUAUUAAGGACUGCCUCUCAAUAUUCUCACAUUCAGCGAGACAUCGAUCAGAUCAGAGAAGCUGUGUCGGAGCUGAAAGAUGAGGUUAGAACUCUGAAACUCAGAGGUCACAAGCCGACCCCGUUGCUGUCAGGACACGAAUCAAUGUUGCCAUCACCAGCCCCUCACAGCCAGAGCCGAGUUGUCAGGACUGAUGCUCCGGAGUCGGACUCUGAAGAAUUCAGCCCGACACCGAGCCUCGCCGAGAUCAGCUCAGAUGACCUAUCGUGGCUCGAUGACAAAGUCCCUGGCAAUCCCAUUUCCCAACUCAUAUCUGAGCGUUCCCUGCACUCUGAGCACCAGUUCUUCCCAAUCCACGAAAAUAAGCAGCUCAUCACACAUGAACGGCACCCACUAGGAGCAAAAGGCGGAGCCUCACAGAUCGAGGCCUCUUACUUCCGGAGACCACAGACCGAGAGUCCAGACCACCAGACAUUGUUGGUCCAGGGUCAGAUCUGGAGGACUCUGAUAAUGAUCUUCAAGACGACAGCAUUGACCCGGAUUUAGGAUCUGACCUCAGUCUCAAUGACCUCUGACCCCAGAGUACAAUGCCAAUAUAAACUUUAAAAACUGUUUUAUUUUUUA